ACGGUGUUUGAUUUCCCACUGCAGCAGGCGUUCGCGGAACACUGGGAGAAUUUUAUUGACAUUAUAAAUUACAAUAAGAAUAUAUCAAGCGUGAAGAUUGUUGCUGAUCUAGCACCGAACAUGGAUAUUGUUUAUUAUGCCAUGAAGGAUAUGGCGACAAUCAAAGGGCGAGAAUUCCUGACCUGUCGCACAUUUCGCCGCGUUGGUGACGAAAUUAUCGAAGCUGCGCGAAGCUUCAAUCUGUCGGAUGUCAAACAAAGUUCUAUGAAAAUACGAGGGCACGUGAUACUCGCGGGCGGACGCUUUCGAAUUCAUCCAAAGGAUUCUACGAAAACGAUUGUUGAUUAUGUGAUGUGUGUAGAUUUUAAAGGUCCUGAUAUCCCAAAAGUGAUCAUGGAUGCUACGAUGAGCAUGCUUAUCAUGCAAGAUGCAGAAUAUACAAGGAAACAAAUUGAAAAGCUUAAGCAAGAAGCCACCUGA